AUGUUCAGUGGCUCCUCGAGCCCUCCCAAAGACAAAGUAGAGACUCUCCCAGAGACUGGCCUCGACCCCAGCUCCUUGACCAUCCAGACCGAUACCGCCGGCACCACCGGUACAAGUCCACGCGAGAAGAGGUUCUCUCAGUUCUCUCCCCCAGGUGCCGGAUUUUUCCGUCGAUCAAGCGAAGACCAGGGCCCCGCCGGAGAGAAAAAGCGCCGAAGCAGCACCGUAACCAAGGCCGCCAACUUUUUCAGCAACGCAAAGAGCUCCCUGAGCAUCAACGGUCGGGAUAGCUCGUCUUUCAGUACCAGUCCCUCGAUCGCAGAAAGCCCGCUCCAAAAGCUUGGAAAGAUGGACCCAGCCCUGAGUGUCCCCCAAGGUUCUUUCAACAACUCUGCCGGAGAGUCCGCACCAACCGCUCGAUCAUCAUUCCGCGUCGGUGUCACCGAAGACCGCAACCGAAAAUGCCGUCGCACCAUGGAGGAUACGCAUGCCUACCUCUACAACUUCUUGGGUACCCCCGCUCCGGGCUCACCGGGUACAAAUGGCGCGCCUUUGGGGACUAGUGUGUCGCAAGCAUCAGAGGAGUCCUCGAAUGUUGUCGAAACGGAUAACGGCUAUUUCGCGAUCUUUGACGGACAUGCUGGAACGUUCGCGGCAGAGUGGUGUGGAAAGAAGUUACAUUUGAUUCUCGAGGAAGCCAUGCGCAGAAGUCCCAACACCCCAGUUCCAGAGCUCCUGGAUCAGACUUUUACUAGCGUGGACCAACAGCUGGAAAAGCUUCCUGUCAAGAACUCUGGAUGUACCGCCGUCACCGCUGUGCUCAGAUGGGAGGACCGCGUACCCAGUUCACAAUCGGCAACCGGAUCUUCUGCACUUGCGCCCGCGGCUGCCGCGGCUACGAAGAAUGCCGAGAACACCGAGACUCCAACUCAAGAUACCCCUGGCAAUGUCCUGCCGAAACUGCAGGACAAAGCUAUCCGCUCACGAGUCCUGUACACAGCAAAUGUGGGUGAUGCACGCAUCGUAUUAUGUCGCAAUGGGAAAGCACUUCGCCUUUCCUAUGAUCACAAGGGAAGCGACGAGAACGAAGGCAGGAGAAUCUGCAACGCCGGAGGGCUUAUCCUGAACAACCGCGUUAAUGGCGUUUUGGCCGUUACCCGUGCGCUAGGUGACGCUUAUUUGAAGGACCUUGUGACCGGACACCCCUACACAACAGAGACAGUUAUCCAGCCAGAUGCUGAUGAGUUCAUCAUUCUGGCUUGUGAUGGCCUGUGGGACGUCUGCAGCGACCAAGAAGCUGUCGAUCUGAUCCGCAACGAGCACGACGCUCAGCAAGCCUCCAAGAUCCUGGUGGAUCACGCACUCGCCAGAUUCAGCACUGACAAUCUAUCUAUCAUGGUCAUUCGACUUGAUUCGAAUCGCGUGAAGGAUGUCGUCAGCAGCAGUGCAGACCCGAUAGGCGUGGAUGGCGAUAAUACCUCAGUCCGGGGCAUGAGCGAAGCCGAUAAUAUCGUCGAAGGAGCACGAAAGUCCAUUGCUUCAUCCGGCCUGGCAGACGACCCCGAGGCAGCCGAGAAAGUCACCAACGACACACUCCAGAAGAUGGCCAGCCAUAGCUCCAAACAGGAGCCUGGACCUGAGGUGUCUAUGAACGAAAGUAACAACCUUCCCUCCGUGGACAUCUUGAGUCCGAGCAAGAGUCCCAAUAACCAAACUGGCUCAACGAAGUGA